GUAUUGGCUCUGUGUUGCUGGAGGUUAGCGGAUAUAGAAUGUUGCUGGAGCCUACACUGUAACUGCAACAUUCUAUCUCCGCCCAUCUCCAGCUUGCGGGACAUGGGGUAGAAGCUGCACAGUAUGAGAUUCACCCGCAAGAGGUUCUGCUCCUUCCUAGGCUUCCUCUACUGUCUCUUCUCGUUCUAUGCGGCUUAUAGUGUGUUCUUUAAACCCUCCCAGCUCUACCGGGUGCACAGGGUGGUCACCAAGAAGGAGGGGGGCAGCAGAGGGACACUUUAUCCAGGCAAUGAUGAAUGGAAUCCUUGGGAGGAAGAGGGAAAGAGUGAAAAAGACUUGCUAUUGAAGAAACGCAAAAAGAAUCUAAAAAACCUGUUAUUUCAGGAAUCCCAGCGUCAGCCGGCAGAACUAAGUGUGCAGAUAUGGGGCAAGGCUGCUAUUGGGCAUUAUCUUUGGGAACAUAUUUUGGGAGGAUCACUUGAACCCAUCGAUGCAAAAGCUCAGUGGAGAGAAGGAAAGCUCAGAACUGGAAAAACUGAUUUGAGUUUUAUAACUGGCCCUGCAGUAGUUCCAGGCUACUUUUCAGUUGAAGCAGAGAACGUGGUGCUAGUUCUUAAUGGACGGGAAGACGCUAAGAUCUCCUUUGCAGCUCAGUGGUUGCAUUACACUCGGACCUUGGUAGAAAACCAUAAACUGCAACAUGUAGCCGCAGUGCUGCUUGGAAAUGAACAGUGCAAUAAUGACUGGAUCCGUCCUUACUUGAAGAAGCACGGGGGCUUCUUAGAUUUGCUCUUUGUGGUCUAUGAUUCCACUUGGAUUAAUGAGGAUGAUGUAUUCCAGUGGCCUCUGGGUGUCGCUACGUAUAGAAACUUUCCUGUUGUGGAGCCAAGCUGGUCCAUGGUUCGAGAUUCCCGACCGUACUUAUGCAAUUUUUUAGGGACUGUAUAUAGCAAUUCAUCUCGAGAGUCCCUUGUGAAUGUCAUAAGUAAAGCAGGACUAGAUAAGCUUUGCUGGAUUUCGGCCAGAGAACAGUGGCAGCCCCAAGAGACCAAUGAAAGUUAUAAAAGCUACCAUGAUGCACUUCUACAGAGUGACCUCACGCUAAGCCCUGUUGGUAUAAACACGGAGUGUUAUCGGAUUUAUGAAGCCUGCGCGUAUGGCUCUGUUCCUGUUGUAGAAGAUGUCAUGACCCCGGGGAAUUGCGGGAACUGUACUUUGUACAGCAAUGCUCCAAUGCAGUUACUCAAAUCCACGGGAGCUCCAUUUAUCUUCAUUAAGUCCUGGAAAGAACUUCCUGAUAUAUUACAAAAAGAAAAAAACCUGAGUUUACAAGAGAAGGUUCAGCGGAGAAAAAGGCUCCUGGAAUGGUACCGGCAAUUUAAAAUCCGAAUGAAGCAAACUUUCAUACAGGCUCUUGAAAAAGCUUUUCAACCAAAUGAUUAGUAUUGCUGCUGGUGUCU